CGCGAUGCCAGCGGUGGCUAGGUUGAACCGCCGCGGACUACACUUCCCGACGCGACACGCGAGGCGUUACCAGCGGCGGCUGAGGUAAACGGCUGCGGACUACUCUUCCCGACGCGCCGCGCGAGGCGCCGCCGGCGGCCGGCCGGGGGCGGGCCGACGCGGGAAGCUCCGGACGUGAGGCAUGAGCGGCGCCCUCCCCCGGCCCGCGCGCGUCCUGCUGCCUCCCCGAGCGAGGGUCGCGCGGCGCGGGGCCUAGCGGCGGGCAUCUCGAGCCCUCGGCGUGCGCAGGGGCUGCUGCGGCCGCGCCGGGCGCCGGCGAGGGCGGCGGCCACCAUGGAGGUGAGCGGGCCGGAAGACGACCCCUUCCUGUCGCAGCUGCACCAGGUGCAGUGCCCCGUGUGCCAGCAGAUGAUGCCCGCCGCGCACAUCAACUCGCACCUGGACCGCUGUCUGCUGCUUAACCCCGCGGGGCACGCGGAGCCCUCGGCCGGGCCGCACCGCGCCGGCGAGCGGGCCAAGGGGCUCUCGCCGCCCAGCGCCAAGAGGCGGCGGCUCUCCGAGAGCUCGGCGCUGAAGCAGCCGGCCACCCCGACGGCGGCGGAGAGCAGCGAGGGCGAGGGCGAGGAGGGCGACGACGGCGGCGAGACCGAGAGCCGGGAGAGCUACGACGCGCCGCCCACGCCCAGCGGCGCCCGCCUCAUCCCCGACUUCCCAGUGGCCCGCUCCAGCAGUCCCGGGAGGAAGGGCUCGGGAAAGAGGCCGGCGGCCGCGGCCGCGGCGGCGGGCAGCGCGUCUCCGCGGAGCUGGGACGAGGCGGAGGCGCAAGAGGAGGAAGAGGCGGUGGGCGACGGCGAUGGCGACGGGGACGCCGAUGCGGACGGCGAGGACGACCCGGGCCACUGGGAUGCGGACGCCGCCGACGCCGCCGCCUUCGGGGCCAGCGGUGGGGGCCGCCCGCACGCCCGGGCGCUGGCGGCGGAGGAGAUCCGGCAGAUGCUGGAGGGCAAGCCGCUGGCCGACAAGAUGCGUCCCGACACGCUGCAGGACUACAUCGGGCAGAGCAGAGCCGUGGGGCAGGAGACGCUGCUCCGGUCCCUCCUGGAGACGAACGAAAUCCCCUCCCUCAUCCUGUGGGGACCGCCGGGCUGCGGCAAGACCACUCUGGCUCACAUCAUAGCCAACAACAGCAAGAAACAUAGCAUAAGAUUUGUGACAUUGUCUGCAACAAAUGCCAAGACAAAUGAUGUGCGAGAUGUCAUAAAACAAGCUCAAAAUGAAAAGAGCUUUUUCAAAAGGAAAACCAUCCUUUUUAUUGAUGAGAUUCAUCGGUUCAAUAAAUCUCAGCAGGACACUUUCCUUCCUCACGUGGAAUGUGGGACGAUCACUCUGAUUGGGGCUACCACGGAGAACCCUUCCUUCCAGGUCAAUGCUGCUCUCCUAAGCCGCUGUCGGGUUAUUGUUCUUGAGAAGCUUCCUGUAGAGGCAAUGGUGACUAUUUUAAUGCGAGCAAUCAACUCACUGGGAAUCCACGUCCUAGACUCCAGCCGUCCCACUGACCCUCUGAGCCACAGCAGUAACAGCAGUUCAGAGCCGUCCGUGUUCAUAGAGGAUAAAGCAGUAGACACUCUGGCUUAUCUUAGUGAUGGGGAUGCUCGAGCUGGAUUGAAUGGACUACAGCUGGCAGUGCUGGCCAGGUUAAGCUCUAGGAAGAUGUUCUGUAAGAAAAGUGGGCAAACCUAUUCUCCCAGUAGAGUUCUGAUCACUGAAAAUGAUGUGAAGGAAGGUCUCCAGCGAUCUCAUAUUUUAUAUGACCGAGCAGGAGAAGAGCAUUACAACUGCAUCUCUGCGCUUCAUAAGUCCAUGCGGGGCUCAGACCAGAGUGCCUCCCUCUACUGGCUCGCACGCAUGCUUGAAGGAGGAGAGGACCCGCUCUAUGUGGCAAGGAGGCUGGUGAGGUUUGCCAGUGAGGACAUAGGUCUGGCAGACCCUUCUGCAUUAACACAAGCAGUUGCUGCCUACCAAGGCUGUCAUUUUAUAGGCAUGCCCGAAUGUGAGGUGCUUCUGGCCCAGUGUGUAGUCUAUUUUGCCAGAGCCCCGAAGUCCAUUGAGGUGUACAGCGCCUACAACAACGUCAAAGCAUGCCUGCGAAACCACCAGGGGCCCCUGCCCCCCGUCCCGCUGCACCUGAGGAACGCGCCCACCAGGCUGAUGAAGGAUUUGGGCUACGGCAAGGGCUACAAGUACAAUCCCAUGUACAGUGAGCCUGUGGAUCAGGAAUACCUGCCGGAGGAAUUGAGAGGAGUCGACUUCUUUAAGCAAAGGCGGUGCUGACUCUCGUAGGCUCUGAUAGCAGUGGGAUGUGUCUGUUUUUUAAGGAGAGCGAGAGUAACAGAGUUGUGGAGUCAGUUGCCCGUGGAAGUUAAACGAGACCAACAUUUUGUGCCAGAAAUGUCAGAGUUCCUUAGGUGGAGGCACACGUACUUCAGCUAAAUGUGUAACAUUGAAAUUGUGUUCAUUUGCACUCUGUGCAACGGUUAUGCUUAUGAAAAUAUCUGGCAGCUUUGUGCAAUGAAUUAAUGUUAUAAGGAAUUAUCUAUUUUGUCAUAGUAUUUAAGUCAUAAUGUCAUUUCAGAAUUCAGUUCUGUAGGAUUUUUUUUUUCUUUAAAAGAUGUAUAUUCAGGGUAGUUUGAAUUGGUAAAAAAAAUGUAAUUGUGAUUUAAUACUGCAUAGUGUUUUGGGUAUUUUUUUUAUAUGCAAAGGUCUUAUGAGCCAAUAAAACUAUUUCAAAGUACUCUUCAGUUCUUUCACUUCUCUCCCACCUGGGGUCCUAGCUGCCAAUAUCGGUCACCCUCACAUGUUGGUAGGUAAAUACUGUGAAAGAAAAAUGCCUGCAGGUGAGAAGGUUGGAAGCUUAAUGAUAAGCCUGUGGAUCUUUGUAAAAAUCCAUUUUAAGUUUUAAAGGAAUAUGCUAGAGUUGUAAAUGGCUUAUGAAAGAAUCCAGUAGUUUCUUCUUCCUCCAGUUUCUUCUUGCAGCUCCGUGUUUCUAAAUGAUGCAUUCCUGUUUUACUUUUGUGAUUUCCUAAGCGUAAAUACCACACACGUGUGCGCACACACACACACACACGGCUUUGAUUCCUUUGCAGCUGUUUCUAAUUCUUCCCAAACUACUUAAUAGUCAUCCACAAGAAUCGUCCCUUCAAGUAAUCAGUCAGUUCUGUUUCUUUCUCCCUCUCCCCCAACCUGGUGUGAUCCCUCCAGGAACGCACUUCCUUCUGUCCAACCGCUGCACAGCUGAUGUCCAGGGACUCCGCUGCCUUUCUCCUACACGAGGAUUCCUGUUUUCUCCAUAGUAUACCAGCCGUCUCGGCUCAUCCCAGCAUUUCUGUACAACAUAGGCUUUACUAGUUUGAGCAGGCUGGAGCGACAGUGACGCACUCAGCAGGCCUGGUGUGUUAACUCCCCUCCUGUGUCUGGGCAUCUCCCUUGUACCUGCCUCACGUGUUCUAGUUGUGGGGUCCAAUGCUUGCCUUUUUCUCCUGAGGGGAUCCACAUGCUUUAAGAGCUUUAUGGAACAAGGAUGCAUGGGAGGCAAAAUACUUCUAGCUGUUAAGAGUCUAAAAAUACCUUUAUUCUACCUUUAUUCUACCUUCAGACUUACCUGAUAGUUUGGGAAUAGAUUCUAGGUUGGAAAUUACAUGUCAGUUGUCUUCCUCUUUCCCAUGUUGCUAUAGAGAAAUUUGAAGACAUUCUGAUUUGUGACCUCAGCAAGCUGAUAGAAUCUUCUCUCUUUGAUCCUAGUUUUUAAAAAGCUCACAGUGAUUUUACCAGGUGCUGAGUGGAUCCUUUCAGUCUAGAAAUUCAUGUCUUUCAGUUUGGGGAAAGUUUCUUUAUUCAUUUACUAAGUGUUGGGUACUUGCCUCAUGCUAAGCACUCUUGGGAACACAUCAGCUAAGGAAAAACAACAUCCUGUGCUCAUGGAAAAGAUAGUAUGAAAAAUCAUAUUUUAAUAUGUCCGCUGAUGAUGAGUGCCACGAGAGAAAUAAUCAGGGAACUGAGCUAGAAAGGGUGAGGAGAAGUCAAGAUUUUAUUUGGAGUAGCUAAGGUAGACUUCGUCAAGAGGAGGGUAUUUGAGUCAAGAAUUAGAGGACAUGAUUAUGCCAUUCAAGGAUAAGGGAGAGCGUUCCAAGCAGAGGGAACAGCAAGUACAAAGGCCCUGAAGGAAGGUGCCUGGCUGGCUCAGUGCUACAGAGGAGGUGAGUCUAACUGGGAUGGAAGAAGUAGUGGAAGUGGAGAAGAGAUGAUGGGGGUUUGGAUUAAUGUGGCACCUUCCUAGUCCUGGGAAAGACUGGCUUUUACUCAAUGAUUCUAGCAAAGGAGUGUCACAGUGGCACUUACAUUUUGUAAGGAUAGCACUCGCUGCAUUGUUGAGGGAAAGCAGGGCAAAGCAAGGAGAAGGGCCAUCAGAAUUUGCAGUGCUCCGGUGGAGGAGGUGACAGGAUUGGUGGGAGCGGGCAUGGUGAGGAGUGGUGUGAUUAGGAAUAUGCUUGAAGAGAGAGUGCACUUCCUCACCUCCAUUUUCCCUGAGAUUGGCCCUCUUGAACUGAUGUUUGUCUUCCCUCCUUGUUUCUCAUCCUUUUGUCUUUUUGCUCUACUUCCUGGGAGAUUCCGAAAAUUUACUUUCAUCCCUUCAUUUUUACCAUCAUCACAUUUUAAAUCUCCAAGAGCUCACUUCUAAUGUUCCCCUUUGUUUUGGGGGGAGUAGCCUGUGUUUGCUUACUCAUUCGUGUGAUGACUGCUUAUCUUAUCUCCCUAAGGAUAUUUGUUUUUAAUUUUCUCCCUACAUACUCUCUUCCAUGUUAUUUUCUGUUUGUUUCAGUCUCUUUCAGACUGAAAGCUCUGAGCUCUUGGUGGGAGUGGACUUCGAUCCUUACUGAGCUAUUUGUUGGAAAUCGUUGAAGUCCGCAUCUUUAAGCUGGUUAAAGAUCUUCUCUUCUCCCGCUGAGUAGGUCGAGAUUGGCUCCCUGCAUUCUGGGUGCCACGUAGGUAGUCAUCAUACAGCAAUCAGUAUGUCUAUGUCCCCUUGAUCUCUGAAUAUUAAUCAGUAGCCAGCAACACCCCCCCCCCAACUCUCUUUGGGUCUAGUUCAGAGAUUCCCCAAUCGCCUGGAAUAAGAGAGCAUACCUGCCACUGCCCAAGCUUUUGAGACAUCUGCCACAUGGAUCAGGUGGGUUCUUGCCUUUCCCCACCAGGAUCUCUCAAGUCAGUUACCAUUUGCCUGUUGUCUUCACAACCUCCAACGUUGUGUUGCCAUUAUCACUUGUUUUCUAUCAUUUUAACAGCUGAUGACUUUUAAAGAUUACCGUAGUUUUUGGAGGGAGUGGGGGUCCUUGAGAAAAAAAUUAAAUGUAGGUUUAAUCCAUCAUCUUUAUGAAUAUUUGGAUAUUAAAUUUAAUAAAACUAUUUACAGUUUACAACCACAGGAAGCAAUUCCAACUCAAGACCUGAGGAGGCAAGGGGAGAGAGCUCAGGGGAAACGCUAGGACUGCCCUCUGACCAGGAUGGUGGCUGUACGUAGAAGCGGAAGAGCUCGGCAGCUACUGUACCUCUUGGCAGACAUAGGGGAACAAAAUACGUGAAAGAAAAAUGAAUAGCUUAACCCUUCUCCUGCCCUCUGAUCUCUUGCUGGUGCCUCCCAUUGGCCGAACUUACCAAAGUUUCCCUGGUUAAGAAGCAGCGCAAGACAGGUGGAGAGUCGAUUUAAAGGAAUAAGUGAU